AUGUUCAAGGGAUACAACCAUCAUUGUUCGUCCUUUAGUGACCUUCAGACUGCGAUUAGGGAAAGAAGCGAGGCUCGUGAUGGAAAAGACUACUUCAAAGUAUCAUAUUUGCACCAUCUUCCUCCCCUGAUCAUGGUUUUCUCUGCUGAAGCAUUGGACAAGCUUGCCAAGGCCAACAACUCGACACGCUUGGAACCCACGUACAAACAGCUAUACAAAACCAUUCUGAACCAAGUCGAGUCAUUUGUCUGCGUCGGUAAACACCGUUACAGUUUCAUACUCGAAAUCGGCCACAGCGGAUUAGGCUUAGGCUAUGAUAGCCAAACGGGCCGGGCAAAGAACCCAUUGGAUGGGGACCCCAUACGUGACAAACGCGUCAUUUACGAGAGCCUCCUUGGUCGGGCUUUGGUUGAUGUUAGCUUGUAUCUAAGAGGGUUAUAUCCAGAGCUACUCUUCGCUUCGUGUACGAGGUUGCCCGACACAAUCUUGCCGGAAGAUAAGAAGUACAAAGUUAGAUAUGCAACCGCUAAUUUGGAGGAGUGGAAGACCGGAGAGCAUGCUAUCUCAUCUAAGCUGAGAGCGAUCCAUGGAGGGCUCUAUCCACAGUCCCACAUAGCUAUUGCUGAUGACCCAGUGGCAGAGAUUGCGGCAGACACGUGGAUUGACCAGACGGCGAAACUGACACGGAAGGAAUUGUUGAAGACUUCCUACGACACAUGGCUUAAGAAAGGUGGGAACGACCUUGUUGAAGCCAUGAAGCACAUCAACGGUGACUUGCUAAAUCGCGUGGACGAUCUGCCGGACCAAAGCGAUAUGGCGAAACCACGUGGCACGACCAUCGUUCCUGCCCGGAACAAUCAAUUCUGGCCGUUGAGUAUCGCAGCUCCUGAUGCUUCGGUGGACUGGUCAACUGCGCUCGCAGAUAACCCAACUCUUGAGGACGAAGAAGAUGUCUCUGAUAAAAUUGCAGUCAGUGGAAGACAUCGUGGUGACGAGUUCAAUCCACAUGUAGGUAUGUUCGAUCCAUCGGGUUAUUUGACCAUUCUUCCACAUGGACCCAAUGAUGGGGAGAGCAUACUGUCUACAGAGGAUGGAGAUUACACCUUCUACGGUAUUCAAACCGCACUCGGUAAUUCCAACAGCAUGUGUAUAUACGACAGAGUGAACGAAAUCGGGCUCAAUGAGCUCAGAAACCUCAUCAAAUACGGCGCCAAUAUCAAUGCUUGGUCCGGGCCGGACGGCACACCACUAGCAGCAGCAUGCGGGUCGGCCCGACCGUCCGCUGCAAAACUCGUGAUUCUUCUUGAACAUGGAGCUUCAGUAGAUAUAGAGGGUCAAUUCGGCUAUCCUUUGUAG